GCAGAGGGCGGCGUUGGCGCUCCUCACGAUCCUGCUGCGGCGCCAAGCCAUAUUCCUCUUCGCCCCGCUUCUCUACGUCGCGGCGAUGCUCAUCUACAUGGGCUCCAUCUCCCUCGAUAGCGUGCCGCGCAUCAUCUCCCGCCCCGCCCCGGGCUCCGUGUACCGGAGCCCUCACCUCUACGAGCGCCUCCGCCCCGACAUGAACGCCGAUAACUCCACCGAUGCGCUAGCGACUGUAUGGAAGCACUCUUAUAAAGGUGGUGGCUGGCGACCAUGCACAAACAUGAGCACCAUUGGUUUGCCUGAAUCAAAUGGUUACAUCUAUGUCGAGGCAAAUGGUGGCCUGAAUCAGCAGAGAACAUCGAUAUGCAAUGCAGUUGCCGUGGCAGGGUAUCUGAAUGCCACACUUGUUAUUCCGAAUUUCCACUACCACAGCAUUUGGAGGGACCCUAGCAAAUUUAGCGAUAUCUAUGAUGAGGAUCACUUCAUCGAGACUCUUAAAAAUGAUGUUCGAGUGGUUGAUACGGUGCCUGAAUUCAUAAUGGAGCGUUUUGGUGACAAUAUGAGUAAUGUAUUCAAUUUCAAAAUAAAAGCUUGGUCUUCUAUUCAGUAUUACAAGGAUGCUGUUCUUCCAAAGCUGGUUGAAGAAAAGCUUAUAAGGAUUUCUCCUUUCGCAAAUCGGUUAUCAUUUGAUGCCCCUCCUGCCGUCCAACGCUUAAGAUGCUUGGCUAAUUUUGAAGCCCUGCGUUUCUCGAAUCCUAUUGCAACUUUGGCUGAAAAGUUGGUUUCUCGAAUGAAAGAACGGAGUGUUGAUAACAAUGGCAAAUAUGUUGCAGUACAUCUUCGCUUUGAGGAGGAUAUGGUUGCAUUUUCAUGUUGCAUAUUUGAUGGUGGGGAAGUGGAGAAGCAGGACAUGAAUGCAGCAAGAGAAAGAGGUUGGAGAGGAAAGUUUACUAAACCUGGUCGUGUAAUACGACCUGGUGCAAUAAGAAUGAAUGGAAAAUGCCCACUUACACCUUUGGAGGUCGGAUUAAUGCUCCGCGGAAUGGGCUUCGGUAAUAAUACUGUAAUUUAUUUGGCUUCUGGAAAGAUUUACAAAGCAGAGAAGACAAUGAUUCCGCUUCUUGAAAUGUUUCCCCUCUUACAAACAAAAGAGUCAUUAGCAUCACCUGAUGAGCUUGCUCCAUUUAAGAAUUUCUCUUCCAGGAUGGCUGCUAUUGAUUACAGUGUUUGCCUUCAUAGUGAAGUUUUUGUGACCACGCAAGGUGGGAACUUCCCCCAUUUUCUGAUAGGUCACAGGAGAUACUUGUAUGGUGGGCAUUCUAAAACUAUCAAGCCUGACAAGAGGAAAUUGGCCGUGUUAUUUGCCAAUCCAAAUAUUGGUUGGAAAGCAUUGAAGCGCCAAUUGCUAAAUAUGCGAGCUCACAGCGACGCAAAGGGUAUCGAGAUCAAAAGACCAAAUGAUUCUUUAUACACGUUUCCGUGCCCGGACUGCAUGUGCCGCUCGAACAAAACAGAAGUUUUAAAAUCCUUACAAGCUCGAUAGCAUUGUCAGAGAAGAUAUCCUUUUAACUCAUCAGCAACUUACCAGCAACUGACCUGAUUUUUUGUCAACUGAUGUACAAUUUAUUCGUUCGCAUACGGUGGAGUGCUGCCCCUGUCCCGCAUGCACUGAAAGAUCCCAUUGAUACAAUUCGUUUCAUCCUGACAUACCUGCGCCCCCUUUUGUAUAGUUAAGAUGAUCAGAUUAAUGGCU